AUGAGGAAGAUGAUGAAGAAGAAAAACAGAGUUUGGGCCAACAACUCUGCUAUGGUAACGGUGCCCGACGAGUUGAUGCUUGACAUUUUAUCUAUGUUUCACGGAGGCAGAAAGCAGCGGCGGCGGCUGAGUUUGGAAGGAGGAAGGGAUCAGAAUCUGGGCGGCGUACAAUCAAAUUCGGCGGCAAUGAUGCUACUACCAGACGACGUGAUUUUGGAAAUUCUGAUGAGGCUUUCGGGUCAAAAACUGAUGCAAUGCAAGAGUGUCUGCAAGGCUUGGCUGGCAACCACUCUCAAGUCCAAAGGGUUGGACAAAGGCCCUUUGAUCAUCCAAAGCCCACGGUUACCUUGUCCAAAUUCUGAUUUGGGUAACAUAAAUGAUGGAAGAUUGACCGAGGUGGUUAACGGUCUGGUAUGUUUUUAUGAUCAAUCGAAUUUGAGGCUGACUCUCUUUAACGUUUGUACAGCCGAGGGUAUGAGGAUUCAUGUCCCUAAUCAUUAUCAUACCUCAAUUUCCUGUACCCAAAGAUUUCAUCUUGGAUAUGACCCUUCAACUAGGAUGUAUAAAUUGCUGAGGUAUGGCAUACAGCCCGUAGGUUGGCGUUAUCAGAUGCAAGUGGAGAUACUGACCUUGAUGCCGCCCUCUUUUUCUGGUUCAUUACCCACAUGGAGGAAGCUGGAGCUGGUAGACAAUGACACGAGUUGUGUUUAUUACAAUACAAAAGAUUCACUUAUCUCUUUCGAUUUCAACAAGGAGAAGUUUAAAGUGAUUAAGCUUCAAUGUAAUGUCGCAGAUAUGGUACGUACUCAUAGCUUCAGUUUAAUUCAAUCAAUGGGAUGCCCGGCCUUACGAAUUGUGCCGGAGCCAGAUAGAGGUUCCAGAUAUUUUAGACUCUUUCUGUUUGAAAACUAUAACAGUAACAUAUGGAAGACUCAUGAUGUACAGUGGCCGCAACACUUUGGGAUAAUGGAUGAUAUUGUAGAUAUCAUGUUUACAAGAUGA